GAGAAAACUUAUACGUAAGAACUUAAACUUUCAGGCUUUUACAUCAAAAUUCACAUUAGUUGAAUUUUUUCUCUCUCCCUUUAGCAUACUUGAUAUUUCAUUAAACUCACUUGACUGGAAUAUUUUAUUGGUAAAUUAUUGACAAGUAAUAUAAAACAGAAAUAAAGAAAAUGCUGACGGGUCAAGGACCAAAGUUUGUAAAUAAACAAUUUAAUUCUCCAAUUAAUUUGUAUUCUCCUCAAGCUAUUCAGGAAACUUUGGAAAAACAGACUAAAGUAUUGGCCAAUGGUGCAGUUGGAAUUGAUUUCAAUCAGAUAGCCAAGCCUGCUAAUCUCCAAAACAGUGCAGUUCUACGAAUGCUUGAAGAGGAAGAAGCAAGGAUUCGAAACGGUGGACAACCUGGUUCAAAAAGAGUGACUUGGCCACCUCCUCCUGAAGAUCACGACGAAGUUGAUUACAUUGAACAAAGUCCAGUUCAAGCAAAGACUCGAGGGAUUGGCGACUUCGUUUCAUAUCAAAGCAGUAAUUCUUCAUUGGGACCAUCACCACAACCGAUUAGUCCCGGUGGAACGUUGAGACAACCCAAGCAUUUCCAACAACAAUCAAGUUCUAAAUCUUGGGCUCCUAUCACACCAUCUCCUUCAACUUCACCUUUACCUCCUUCAGAACAACAAUUAAAUUUACAGCAACGAUCAUCGUCAAAUUAUUAUCCUCAAAGUCAUUUUGAACCUCCACCAACAACUAUAACUCUUAGAUCACAAGCACCAAUAAAUCAGCAACCCGCGCCAGUUUAUCAAGCUCAACCUGCUGCUACAAUGGCACCAACAAGUGGAGUCAUGCGAGGAGAUAUGAAAUGGCCUCCAGAGUCAGUAAAACAACAAACUGAGGCAGAAAAUCGUGCAAGAAUGGAAUUGGCAAAAGGACCUACUUUCCGACCACGACGAGUUCAUAAGGAUUACAGUGGAUUUUUCGCUCAACAUGCGCUUAAUAGUUCUUAUCCUGGUUAUAGAGCACCACCUGGAACUCAAUAUUUUACUCCAUCAUAUCAACGUUAAUUUUAUUUUCGAUCAGCUACAAUUAUAAUUUUUUAUUGAAAAAUUUAUUUUAAAAUGUAAAACUUUGUAUCAUUAAUUUAUCGAUCGUUUAUAUGAAAUUCAGUGAUUAAUAUAACUACGAAAGAAAAUAAAUUAAACGAAUAAACGAAAUAACGAAA